GUCAGAGACCGAGCCGCAGGUGGCGGCGGGCGCGAGGCUCGGCCCGAGCUCGGGAGAUGGGAAAACUGAGGCACAGAGCUGGACAGUGACUUAGAUACCAGGUGAACACUGGCUUUCAGGGGGCAGAGUUGGGACUCAUGGGGGCACCAUUGCCAGCUGGGUCACCAUGGUGAGAGGUGAGCUCUCUAUUCCAGGAGUGUGAAUGAGAUGGGGACUCUUGUAGAGGAUUCAGGAGACCCCAAGAAACCCAAACACCCAUGUGGCCAAUCACAGCCCCAGUGUCUGUUUCUCACUGGACCCUUUUCCCACAGCAGCUGCCUAGAGUGGAGCUGAGUGCUCAGGUCUGGACUCAGCUGGCCCAGGGUGCAGAUCUACUAUCAAUUCCUGACUGUGUGACCUUGACAGGCACUAGACAGGAGCCUGCAGGGAUCUCCACAGAGGCCAUCAGGAUGUCAUAUUUUGGGGAGCAUUUUUGGGGCGAGAAAAACCAUGGUUUUGAGGUUCUGUACCACAAUAUGAAGCAGGGACCCAUCUCCACCAAGGAGCUGGCGGACUUCAUCCGGGAGAGGGCCACUAUUGAGGAGACCUACUCGAAAGCGAUGGCAAAACUUUCCAAGCUGGCCAGCAAUGGGACCCCCGUGGGGACCUUUGCCCCACUCUGGGAAGUCUUCCGUGUCUCCUCGGACAAGCUGGCGCUCUGCCACCUGGAGCUAACUCGGAAGCUGCAGGACCUCAUCAAGGAUGUGCUCCGUUACAGCGAAGAGCAGCUCAAGAUGCACAAGAAGUUGAAAGAGGAAGCAGUUGGCACCCUGGAUGCCGUGCAGGUCCUCACAGGCGUCAGCCAGCUCCUGCCCAAGUCCCGAGAGAACUACCUGAACCGGUGCAUGGACCAGGAGCGGCUGCGAAGGGAGAGCACAAGCCAGAAGGAGAUGGACAAGGCAGAGACGAAGACCAAGAAGGCAGCAGAGAGCCUGCGGCGCUCGGUGGAGAAGUACAACUCCGCCCGUGCUGACUUCGAGCAGAAGAUGCUGGACUCAGCUCGGCACUUCCAAGCCAUGGAAGAGACCCACCUGCGGCACAUGAAGGCACUGCUGGGCUCCUAUGCCCACUCAGUAGAGGACACCCAUGUGCAGAUUGGGCAGGUUCAUGAGGAGUUUAAGCAAAAUAUCGAGAAUAUCAGCGUGGAAAUGCUGCUGAGAAAGUUUUCAGAAAGCAAGGGCACGGGCCAGGAGAAGCCUGGGCCUUUGGACUUUGAGGUGUACAGCGCAGCUGCCCUGCAGGAAGCGAUGAAACGCUUGCGCGGAGCCAAGGCCUUUCGCCUCCCAGGACUGAGCCGGCGGGAGCGGGAGCCACCUACAGCUGUAGAUACUUCGGGGCCUGAUUCAGGGGCGUGUCCAGAGGUGGAUGAAGAAGGUUUCACUGUCCGGCCAGAUGUGACCCAGAACAGCACAGCUGAGCCCUCCCGCUUCUCAUCCAGUGACUCCGACUUUGACGACGAGGAGCCCCGCAAGUUCUAUGUGCACAUCAAGCCCGCCCCAGCCCGGGCUCCAGCCUGUAGCCCUGAGGCAGCUGCUGAGCAGCUCAGGGCCACGGCUGGCAGCCUCAUCCUCCCUCCAGGCCCAGGGGGCACCAUGAAACGCCAGUCUUCACGGGACGCUGCUGGGAAACCACAGAGGCCCCGAUCGGCCCCGAGGGCCAGCAGCUGUACAGAGAAGCUGCAAUCAGAUGAGCAAGUUUCCAAGAACCUCUUUGGGCCACCCUUAGAGUCAGCCUUUGACCACGAAGAUUUUACAGGUGAUGGGGGCUCCAGCAGUCUCGGCUUCACCUCUAGCCCCUCGCCUUUCUCCUCCUCAUCGCCGGAGAACGUGGAGGACUCUGGCCUGGACUCACCGUCCCACACAGCACCUGGCCCCUUCCCAGAUUCCUGGGUUCUCUGCCCAGGCACCCCGCAGAGCCCAACUAGCAAUAGGGCGCAGCCACCUGAGUUGAGGGGAACGCGGGCCCUGCUGUCAUCGGACUCGCCACAGCCCCUUGUGGCAUCCUCAGGCCCCUGGGUGCUGGAGGCUGUGGCUGGAGGAGACCUGAGGCCCGUACCUGCCGACCUUACAGCCGUGGAGGGCCCGGCAGCUCGACCCCGGAGACCCCACUCCAGGAAGGUGUCCUGCCCCUUCAGGAACAGCAACGGGGAUCUGUCUCAUUCUCUGAGCUCCUCCCCACUGGGCUCUUCAGUCCCCAGCACUGUCCCAGAACGUUCCAGCUUCUCAUCCCAGGCAGGACACGGAAUCUCCCGGGGCCCGAGCCCUGUGGUCCUGGGUUCACAGGAUGCCCUGCCCGUGGCCACCGUCUUCACUGAGUAUGUCCAUGCCUACUUCCGUGGCCACAGCCCUAGCUGCCUGGCUCGAGUAACUGGGGAGCUGACCAUGACCUUCCCAGCUGGCAUUGUGCGUGUAUUCAGCGGGACCCCCCCGCCACCGGUCCUCAGCUUCCGUCUUGUACACACAGCCCCCAUCGAGCACUUCCAGCCCAAUGCUGACCUGCUCUUCAGUGACCCCUCCCAGAGCGACCCUGAGACCAAAGACUUCUGGCUCAACAUGACAGCCCUGACCGAGGCACUGCAGCGCCAGGCAGAGCAGAAUCCAGCUGCCUCCUACUAUAAUAUAGUGCUGCUGCGGUACCAGUUCUCCCGCCCGGGUCCCCAAUCCGUGCCUCUGCAGCUGAGCGCCCACUGGCAGUGUGAGGCAACCCUCACUCAGGUCUCGGUGGAGUACAGUUACCGGCCCGGUGCCACGGCUGUGCCCACGCCACUCACCAAUGUCCAGAUCCUGCUGCCUGUGGGAGAGCCUGUGACCAAUGUCCGCCUGCAGCCAGCUGCCACCUGGAACUUGGAGGAGAAACGGCUCCUAUGGAAGCUUCCAGAUGUGUCUGAGGCAGGGGGCUCUGGCCGUCUGUCUGCCAGCUGGGAGCCGUGCUCAGGGCCCAGCAUGCCCAGCCCCGUGGCUGCUCAGUUCACCAGCGAAGGGGCCACUCUGUCGGGCGUGGACCUGGAGCUGGUGGGCAGUGGCUACCGCAUGUCACUGGUAAAGAGAAGGUUCGCCACAGGGAUGUACCUGGUGAGCUGCUGAGCCUGGGAAGCUGACAAGCCCGCUGGCCCCAGCUCUGCAGAGUCCUGGUGCUUGGUGAUGGCUCCCUGCCUGCCUGCCGGAUCCUGGGGUCCCAACCUGGCCUCCUCCAAGGCCCUGGCUCUGUGGAGAGGAGCCCCAUGCCCAGCCUGGCUGAGCGUGAGAUUCACUCCUGCUCAUACCAACUCCCACACAGGUCCUUGGACUUUUAAUG